UUCCGAUCGCGCAGCGUCUCUCCUCUGCGCCUAUUCCUGGCGGUAUGUCCUCGUGUUCUGUUGUGUUUGGACGCCCUGACAACCCGGGAGCCGCGAGGCGACGACUUUCCCGGGCCCGCCGCUCUUGUGAGUGAGUCCCAACUUCUGCUUGUGUCAGCGUGUCGCCCCGGAGGGUUCCCGCUUCUGCAUUCAGGACGCGUGGUCGUCGUGCAUUUUGACACCGAUCGCAGCGGCAGCAAGUUGUUAGGCGGGGGGCGAAACGGUGGCGUGGAUUCGUGGAAAGCGCCAUUAACUCGCUGCAGUCGCAAAGCGGCGGCCUUCGGGCUCGUCUGUGUGUCCGGUGCCUCGGCGCUCUCGUCGAAUGAAUGACUUUGGCACAUCGACUUCCUGUCUCUGUCAAGACGGUGGGCGACCCCUCCGGGUGGUUGUUAUGCGUUUUCACGGCUUCAACCAGCAGCAGUGGCAACUUUUCUGUUGUCACUUCCUCUCGGUUCUGAUUGUGCUCGGAAGCACAAUGUAUCAUCUGUUGGAUCUGUUUUCUAAGAAGCUUAAUUGACCCCCGUUUGUUUGUUGAUUCAUCUCCUUAUGAGGGCUACGAGUCGUUGGAGCGUUGCGUUUCCUUUCAUAUGAGGUCUCCCAGACCACCACUGACAUGAUGCCCAAAAAGGAUCAUGAGCGGGACGUGGAGCUGGACAAGAAGAUCGAGGCCCUCCGCAGGAAGAACGAAGCGCUCAUGAGGCGGCACAAGGAAGUGGAGGAGGACAGGAAGAGGGCAGAAGAAGAAGGAAUGGCGCUACAGAGCCGCAAGGGCAAAGCCGAGGAUCUUACCAUCACAAUCAGCAAGUCCACCAGCGACGCUCGCGUUGUGGUCACCAAGCCGUUCGGCGGCGAUUCAAAAAAGGGACAGCAGGAGGCCGCCGGGCCCGACAAAGUGGGGGACGUCCCCGCGCAGGCUGCCGCCCGAGGUCACAGGAAGCAGCUUACGGUCACCAUGGCCGCCAAGAAGGGCAAGAGGGUGGUGAGUGAGAGAUCGGAGAGGGGGCCGUGCCCUUCGGACGUCCAGAGCCCCGCGGGUGACGGACAGGUGUGGCGCGCGGAGCCCGCUCCCACGGCCGCGAGGCACGCAGCGGAACAGGACGGGGUUAAACCAGUGCAGCAGCACACCGAGGACCAUCACAGGCUUUCAGAGCAAGGCCAGGAGGCCGAGAGGCUGCAGGCGAGCACGGACCUCGACGUGCCCACGUCCAAAGAGGAGCAGGGGGAGUACGCGCGGUGGAAGAAAGAGCGCCAGCAGAUCGACAGGGAGAGAGUGGCGCGCCACAAAAACGCCAAGGGCCAGUGGAAACGGGCGUGGGACAUGGACAAAACUGAGAACACGUCUUUGGACAAGUCCCUCCCCGACAGAGACUGGGGGGCUCUCGGCAGAGGUGGACGAAGUUCCAGACGAGGACAAUCCAGAGCAGGUCAUGAGAAGCGAGGCAGAGACGAGGGAGGCAGAGACGAGGGAGGCAGAGACGAGGGAGGCAGAGACGUGCUCGUGAUGAGCAGCAAAGCAAAAGGCAUAGAUCGUCUGACCGGGAGAGCCAGGAGAUGGCAGGAAAUUGAAGACGGAGCGAAUCUACAGUCUCUCGACACGACAUUAGAAGAGUUUUUGGAGGUCCUCGGCGCCCUCACAGGCGGCGAGGCAGACGAUCAGAAAGACGAGGGGGCCAAACUGAAGCCGUCGAACAGCCCAGAUUCACUGAGCGCGUCCGGGGAAGUGAUUGAACCCACGGCCGCCACUCAGGGGAAGGGCAGCGCCCCGGGCCCGCCGGGUUCUGAGAGGAAAGUACGUUUCUCUACGGGCCACAAACAGCACGGCGCCGGCCCUCGGGACGCUGAAUCGAGAAGCGUCGAGUCCUUUGAAGCCAACAAACAGCAGCACAGAGUUCAGAGGCCACGGCGGCGCGCGGAAAGCGCCGGAGGGGAAGACGUGAGCGCGGAGGACCCGGGAGGCGGUCCGUCCGCUUCUGGAGGCGACAACGGGGGCGAGCCCCCCAGCGCCGGCCCCCGCUCCUCUGCAAAGCCGAGCCCGGCCCGGCCCGUGGGGCUCGCCAAGUGCAACGCCAACGCGGGGGAGCUAAUAGACUCCGGCUUGUCCGUCCUGGUCCUGGAUUCGGGAGAAACGCACCCAACGCACUCCGCCGGCAACGACAAGGCAAGAGAGCACGGGAAGAUUGUUUGACCUUCUCUGGAUGUAAAUCCUGAAACCAAAUCACAGCAACGCAGAGCCUUUGCCUUUUUGUAUUUGCAUUUUGCUUCAGGUGCCUCGUCGGAGCGACCCCUCUUCGUGGCUUACACACAGAUCCAUGGCUUCAUUUUUUGGCGCCCUCCCGCCCGCGGAUGUCUUUUUCAAAAAAACUUUCUAAAAUUUGAUGAAGAGAUGGUGAAAAGGUUUUCUCCAGCUAAAAUAUUUUUUUACAUCCAAGCACUUUAUAAGUAUAACAGCACGUGCACUUAAACACGCUGCUGCAGUGCAAUACCAUUCAAUGUUUACAUGUGUGCGAUGAGGUCCGAGGUACAUUUCAAGAGGCUACCUGAUCCGCUCAGGUAGCCACAGUCAAAUUAUCCAGUGCCUGAUUCUGCCUUGGAGGU